GAGGGCUGAGGUUUGACUUUGGGAGCUCGAUAAAGUCUGAUAAACCGACCAGGAUCAUGUAGAUACUAAAUCGAGUAUGGUGAAAGUGCUCGACGAAGCUUUCGUCAGCCCCUCUUUGUAGUAAGUCACCUUGCUUAUGACUGGAGGCCAGAUGCUGGCCAAGGUACCGUAUAUGCAUUGUAGGCGAAAGCACAAGAUACGUAUUUGGUGGAAGGUCAUGCUACUUCUCUAUGUUCCACCCACGCCCCGAAUCCACGGUCUUGUUUUCCCUCCUUUGCUGCCUGUACCUGUUUGCAUCGUCUGCUGCUUGACUGUUCGACGCCUUCUUCCUUCCUUCCCAGACCGAAACUUGAAACAUCAGGACAGAGACUCUCAAAACGCCGCUAUGCGGUACAUUUUCUGUCAAUUGGUGGCCUUCUUGGCUUUUAUAUAUGGUGCGACCGCGCAGACAGCCACAGCGAAUGCCUUAGCUUCUUUUCAAACCGUCUUGGUCGGGUACGAAGCGCAUUCAUUCGAGCCAAACAACUUGACUGCCAGACCGGGAGAUGUGAUUGUCUUUCAAUUCAUCGCAGAGGGUCAUACAGUAGUGCAGUCCAACUUCGAAGAACCAUGUGUUCCGAGAGAUGCCUACCACCGAGGCCGCUCUACAUUCUUCAGUGGCUGGUACAACAGCAGUGAUGUUCACAGCGACAAUCCACCGACCUGGAACCUGACAGUCAACGACACAACCCCGAUCUUCUUCUACUGCUCCCGCCUAGGUUCCUGCCUCGAUAACAAAAUGAUCGGUUCCAUCAACCAAAACGCCACCUACACCCUCCAAGCCCAACUCGACUCCAUAAACUCUUCCGACAUAAUGCUACAACCCGGCCAACAAGUCCCCGAAGAAUCCAUACCUACCUCUACCUCUGCACCUUCGACUUCCCACCACGGAGUCACCUUAUCAGGCGGUGCAAUCGCCGGCAUCGUAAUCGCAGGCGUUGCAGUCCUCGCAUUAGCCUGCGCACUCUUCUGGUUCGUAGGUCGUCACCGCACGCUAAAACACAUCCUGAACUCCCAAUCCUCACACUCUGCACAUUCCGGCGCUGUCGAGAGUUGGGUAGAUAGUACACAUCCACCUAGCACUGUAGGAGGUCCACCCUCAGCACGUCCACCCUCCUAUGGUCCUGAUGCGGGAGGCUACAUGGUCCCUAUGGAUGGAGCAAAGCAUUGGGAUUACAGUAAUCAGAGACAGAGUUAUAUGCCCAUGACACCGCCGAUUCAGGAAUUGGGGAUCAGUGAUCCGGUAGAGAUGGAGGAGACGGGGAGAGGCAGGACGAGAAGUAGGAAUAGGGAGAAUGAACCACAGAUCGCUGAUCCCAAAGUGGUAGGAGUCGAGCCAGAUAUUUAUGAGAAGGAGUAAUGUUUGGCUUCUUGAGGGGGAGGGACACUUGGUGAGGUCAGAAAUGUUUUGUCUAAUAUACUUUAUACCAAUUGUGUUAUGAUAUGAUCUCUUGCAUCAAGGCAUAUCGAGUGAGCUCAGUGAAGAUGUCUCUCCAGGACUUGGGAGCAAAAUCAGUU